UCAAAGUUAUUAAAAGGAAUCAUUCAUUUUUGAUUAGAAAUUAUUUAUUUGUUUUUCAUUUUCGGAUCAGAUAAUCAUUUCAAUAUAACUUUUACAAUAUAUUCUGAUAUCUGAAUAAUAUCUUCUAGUCAUGUUUUCUUUACGAACGAUUUCGUCAUUAUGGCGAACAUCGAAAACCGAUUUAAUUGUUCAAUGUCAACAACAAAAACAACAAUUAUCUUCGGCAACAUUUACCGUACAUCCAUAUAAAUUACAUCGAAUUGAUGAAGGUCCAUCCACUGAAGUUACCUGUACACGUGAUCAGGCAAUUAAUUAUUAUCGAGAAAUGACAACUAUACGUAGAAUGGAAGCAGCAGCAAAUGCAUUAUAUAAAGAAAAAGCUGUUCGAGGUUUUUGUCAUCUUUAUACCGGACAAGAAGCUGUUGCCGUUGGAAUUGAAGAUGCCAUUACGAAAAAAGAUGCCAUAAUCACUGCCUAUAGAGCUCAUGGUUGGACUUAUUUACGUGGCGCAUCGCUUGUUGGUGUUUUAGCAGAAUUGACUGGUCGUGAAACAGGUUGUGCCCGAGGUAAAGGAGGUUCAAUGCAUCUUUAUUGCGAUAGAUUCUAUGGUGGAAAUGGAAUAGUAGGUGCACAAAUACCAUUAGGUGCUGGUAUAGCAUUGGCACAAAAAUAUACAAAUUCUGGUGAAAUUACAUUGGCUCUUUGUGGUGAUGGUGCAGCAAAUCAAGGACAAGUAUAUGAAGCAUUCAAUAUGUCAGCACUGUGGAAAUUGCCCGUUAUUUUUGUUGUUGAAAAUAAUGGCUACGGUAUGGGAACUUCAGCUGAAAGAGCUUCUGCUUGUCCAUUAUUUUAUACACGUGGUGAUUAUGUACCCGGUAUUUGGGUUGAUGGUAUGGAUGUUUUAGCCGUACGACAAGCAACAGAAUUUUUAGCCAAAAUGUGUCGCGAUGGUCAAGGACCAUUCGUUAUGGAAGCAUCAACUUAUCGUUAUUUUGGACAUUCAGUAUCUGAUCCAGGUACAAGUUAUCGUACACGUGAUGAAGUACAAGAAAUUCGUCGUUCACGUGAUCCAAUUACAAUGUUUAAAGAAAAUAUUAUACAAGCUGAACUUGUUACCAGUGAUGAAUUGAAACAAAUUGAUGUAGAUAUUCGUAAACAAGUUGAUGAAGCACAACAAAAAUCUAGAACAGAUCCAGAAUUACCAAUUGAACAUUUAUAUCAUGAUGUAUAUGCAAAUAUGAUUGGUAAUGAUAUACGUGGUAUAACACCAUUUCAACGUCAUAAACAUCAGAAUACAUCGAAACCAUGUAAUAUUACAAUCUGAAAAAAACAAAAUGCUUUAUAAAUCCUUUAUAAUCCUAUCAUCAUCAUCAUUAUUCGAUAAAAAUCUUAUCAUUGUUUUUUUUUCUCUCUCACAAUCAUCCAUUCUACUUAUACUGAUACUGAGAUUUGUUUUUUUUCUCUCAAAAAUAGCUUAAAAAAUUUCGUUAAUUUUGUUGUUGUUGUUAUAAU